AUGACUCAAACAAAUCUGAUUAUUCCCGAACUUGAUAAUGAUCCAGCGAUUUUAAAAGUUAUUCAUGAUGGUGAAAAAUUAGAACGAGAAACAUAUCGUAAAGAAUUAAUGCAAAUAUUAAAAAUUCAACCAUCCGUUACAUCUGAUUUGGAUCAAUCAAUAUCUCAAACAAUGAAUAAUUCCAUAAGUCAGGAAAGUAUUCCAACAACACCAGGUAGUGCAACAGAUAUGGAUCGAACAAGUCAAAUAUGGAUUAAACGAACAGUACCAAUAACACCAAAUUCAAAUUUAUAUCGUCGACAACAUUAUCGUUCAGCACUUCAUCAACGUUCAUUAAAUAGUAGUGGAGAAAGUUUGACAAAUCGUAGUUUAAUUGAUAGUCCUAAAAGUAGUAAUAAUAGUUUUAUAAAACAAACACGAUCUAAUAUGAAUUUAUCAUCAUCACCAAUAUCAAACAAUAAAACAAAUUUAAUGCAAACAAAUAGUAAUAUAUCAUUGACACCAUCAGGAGUUAUUAUAACGGAUUAUCGACAAUCAACGAUGAUGAAACGUAUUGUUAAUCCGCAAUGGAAUAUUAUUCCUUUUGCAUAG